GGGCUGGGGCGGUUGCGCAUCUUUGGUUGCGCUCGCGCGAGACUCUCCUCAGCCAGUGCUGCGCGCGCCCGCCCGCCGUUGGGUCGCGUACUCGGAGCAAUGGCGUCGGAGAGACCGAUCCCGCAGUUGAUGGAAAGCUCCACCGGCAACGGGGCUGUACAAAAGAUCAUCGAGGGAAAUAGUGAGCUCUUCACAGAUACUCACUGCAAAGUGUGUAAUGCUGUGCUGAUUUCAGAGUCCCAGAGACUAGCACAUUAUCAGAGCAAGAAACAUGCCAAUAAAGUACGUCGGUAUGAAGAGCUUCAUCAAGAUGGCGAACCAGUUGCCAAAAUAAUAAAAAAAGAUCCUACUGACAAUGGCAAUGGAGAAGUUGAUCGGAAUAAAUAUUGUCCACUCUGUAAUGUGACCUUUACGGCGCCAGUUGUUGCUCAGUCUCAUUACCAGGGAAAGAACCAUGCAAAAACUCUGAAACUCAAGCAAAAGCAAGAUGAACCUGUCCAAGCAUCCUCUGUUGAAGUUGCGCCCAAGGUAAAGAAUGAAAGUGCUCCAGCUCCUACUGUGCAGUCCAGUGAUGUAUCUUGGAGCAGUGAUCCUGACAGGUAUUGUAGCCUGUGUCAAGCCUUUUUUAACCAUGCUGAUAUUGCCAAACAGCACUAUGUGGGAAAAAGGCACAAGAAGCGUGAAACAAAAGCAAAGUUAUUGGAGCAACUGGGGCAGGCUGAUAGCAAUCCUGUUUCUGCUAAAGGCUAUCCCUGUAAUACCUGUAACAUUGUACUGAACUCAAUAGAGCAGUAUCAGGCACACAUCCAGGGAACCAAGCACCAGAACCAUUUGAAACCUAAUGAAUUUAUUGCUGCAGAAGAUAAUGAAGAGGGCUUUGAGAUUUUUAAAGAAGAUGUCGUCUAACAGUGUUGGCAGGUGGUUUCCGGGUCAAUGAAUUUUACUCAGAAUAGAGGCCAGUUUGACUAUGUUCAUGUUUCGAUCUGCAUAAUUUUAAGUAAAACAUUUGUAUUGAAACAACAGUCCAUAAUUCUGAGCUCUAGGGCCCAAAAUAUUUAGUUUUUAUGUUCAUGCAAGUGACUAAAGGUUUGAGACUAAAAUAACUAAGUUUAGUUAUGUGGUGCUGUGGUCAUGCCUUUCUGGCUCAGUGUGUAGAUAUCUGAGAAACUUGUAGCCCCACCUCUUGAAAAACGUUGUUUCUUAAACAUCACCUAUUAAGCAGGUGAGUCUGGAGAAUGAUGUGAAGCUGUGAUAUGGAAGAACAUUUGCAACAUACAGUGUCCUCCAUAAUGUUUGGCACAAAGACCCAUCGUUUAUUUAUUUGCCUCUGUACUCCACAAUUUGAGAUUUCUAAUAGAAAAAAAUCACGUGGUUAAAAUGCACAUUGCCGGAUUUUAAUAAAGGCCAUGAUUAUACAUUUUGGUUUCACCGUGUAGAAAUUACAGCAGCUUUUAUACAUAGUCCCCCAAUUUCAGGGCACCAUAUUGGACACCGUAAUGUAAUGUAAAUGAAAAUAGUCAUGUUUAGUAUUCCGUUGCAUAUCCUUUGCAUGCAAUGACUGCUUGAAGUCUGUGAUUCGUGGACAUCACCAGAUGCUGGGUGUAUUCUCUGGUGAUGCUCUGCCAGGCCAGUAUUGUAGCCAUCUUUUGCUUAUGCUUGUUUUGUGGGCUUUUCUUUUCAGCAUAUAAAGGGCGUGCUCAAUUGAGUUCUGAUUGGGUGAUUGACAUGGCCACUCAAGAAUUGACCAUUUUUUAGCUUUGGAAAAACUCCUAUGUUGCUUUAGCAGUAUGUUUGGGAUCAUUGUCUUGCUGUAGAAUGAACCGCCGGCCAAUGAGUUUUGAGGCAAUUGUUAGAACUUGAGCAGAUAGGUUGUGUCUAUACACUUAAGAAUUCAUUAUGCUACAACCAUCAGCAGUUGUAUCAUCAAUAAGAGAACCAGUUCCUUAGGCAGCCAUAUAUGCCCAGGCCAUAACACCCCCACCACUGUGUUUCACAGAUGAGGUGGUAUGCUUUGGAUCUUGGGCAGUUCCUUCUCUCCUCCAUACAUUGCUCUUGCCAUCACUCUGAUAUAAGUUAACCUUCGUCUCAUCUGUCCACAAGACAUUUUUCCAGAACUGAUGUUGCUCUUUUAAGCACUUCUUGGCAAACUGUAACCUGGCCAUCCUAUUUUUGCAGCUAACCAGUGGUUUGCAUCUUGCAGUGCAGCCAAUAUAUUUCUGUUCAUGAAGUCUUCUGCGGACAGUGGUCAUUGACAAAUCUACACCUGAAGAGUGUUUCUGAUCUGUCGGACAGGUGGUUGGGGAUUUUUCUUCAUUGUAGAGAGAAUUCUUCUGUCAUCGGCUGUGGAGGUCUUCCUUGGCCUGCCAGUCCCUUUGCGAUUAGUAAGUUCACCAGUGCUUCUUUCUAAAUGAUGUUACAAACAGUUGAUUUUGGUAAGCCUAAUGUUUGGCUGAUGUCUCUAACAGGUUUAUUCUUGUAUCUCAGUCUCAUAAUGGCUUCUUUGACUUCUUUGGCACAUCUUUGGUCCUCAUGUUGAUAAGCAUUAAAAGUUUCCAAAGGUGAUGGAAAGACUGGAGGAAAGACUAUGUGCUGAGAGCUCUCUUAUACCUGCAUUAAGGAGGCAAUUAAACACACCUGGGCAAUUACAAACACCCGUGAAGCCAUGUGUCCCAAACAUUAUGGUGCCCUGAAAUGGGGGGAAAUAUGUAUAAACACAGCUGUAAUUUCUACAUGGUGAAGCCAAAAUGUAUAAAAAUAGCCUUUAUUAAAAUCUGACAAUGUGCACUUUAACCACAUGUGAUUUUUUUCUACUAUAAAUCUCAAUUUGUAGAGUACCGAGGCAAAUAAAUCAAUGAUGGGUCUUUAUCCCAAACAUUAUGGAGGGCACUGUAACUAGUUGGUUGCUUUUAAAUUGCUGUCUAGGUGUGGUGACAAUCUCUGACUUAUGUUUUUAAAUUAUUACACAUAUGCCCAGCAAUAUAUUUGUAGUUUUGUCACCCCCAUAAUUAAUAGACCUAACUUUGACAGAGGAAUUCUUGUUGAUUUUUGGAAAUUUAAGGAGCCAUUUAAUGAUGGUUGAAACACAUUUUUUGUUGCAUGUUACUGAGCCUGAUAACCUCUUCCACCUGUUCAGAUAUUGCUAACAUGGAUACUAUGUAUAUGUGCAGUGUAAAUUCUACUCCAAAAAUAGCUGUACGUGUCCAUGUCUUAUUUCAUUGCGGUGUUUGUUUUUUGAAAGGCCAUUCUAGUCUGGUUGUGACCGAAUAUCGAUAUGUCAUACAGAACUAAUUAUUGUAAAUAAAAUGUUCUGUGUUCUUUUCAAACUGACAAACCCCCAUGUGAAAAUGUCUUCAUUAGUAACUGUUUAUUUAGAUUCAUGGAAAAUGUGCAGUGAAGGAUCUUGUAAAACACAUUGGGAUAUUAUUCAUCAGUUAAUGUAACAUUUAUCAGGAACAGGUAUUGGUAUUUGUUCAUUAUUCCUAUUGAUUUGAAUUUAUACUUUAAAUUGGCAGUUUGGUUGUGGAUGAACCUAAGGCUGCAGUUCAAAACUGUUUUUUACCUUGUUUAAUAAAUGUUGUCCCCUUUGUAGUACCUGCAAAAUGACCCAGCAAUCCUGUAAAUUGAUACAUGCCCUAAAAUUAAAUUAGUAUACAUUUCCAGACGUGAACAUUCUUUCCAGAAUGCAUGACCAAUAUCAGGAAAAUGUGGAGAAGACUGGAAGUUGGUACAUUUGUAUUGAAUGUUAAUGUUUCGAAUGGCAUAAAACUGUGCUCUGACAAUAUUUUAUUGUAUAUGUAUUGCUUAAAAAAAAUGAAUUUGACCUAUAUGGGGCAACAAAAGAGAAACAGCUAUAAUUGUCAAUGUAACUGAAAACAACUGAAUGUGUGGAGAUUUUUGCAAGGAUGUAACUAGGAGUUCAGUGUAUUUUUCUGCACCACUGUAAUUUUAGCUUCUGUUUUAAACACUUUGUCCUGCAUUUUUCUUUGCUUCAUUUGCAUAAUUGUACCUCGAGAUUUGUUGAAAAAUCUAUGACCCUUGACAAUUUUGUACCUUCACUCUUCUCGUAUAUAAUAAAUGUAGAAUUUCACUUUCAAA